UUCCUUCCCAACGAUGUGAAACCUCCAGUGAAAGAAGCACAGCAAUACUGGAGUCUUAGAAUUUGGUUCACGCAGGGUCAUGAGCAGACAUUCCGUGUACAAGACUUUGAAUUGCACGCUUACUUCUAUUCAACAAUGAACUCUACUGUGAAUGAGACGACGUAUGUGAGCAGUGACCAUGCGGAAUUGGAGAUUGGUGCCGAGGAGAAGAAUGCGUUCAAAUGUUCAGAUUCUGCUUUGGGUUUUGUCGAUGCGACCGUCAAUCUCAAGAAUCUCAAAGUGAUCGCUUUCGCUAAUCUUAACAGCACCGACUUUCCGAAGGAACAACAGUUCGAGCAGUGCAGUUUGGAUGUUCGAACGUCGGAUAUAGUGCCAAUCAUUGUGGGUGCCUGCCUAGCUGGUCUCGUGAUUGCUGUUUUAAUCGCUUACCUCAUCGGACGUGCACGUGCUAAACGUCAGGGUUACGCAUCUGUAUAA